AACGUCCCCCUCUGCUAGAAACGUCUGCCAUGUAACUUGUGUAGCUGAUUGUCUCAUAAGUAGCAUUUUAUUUCACUUUAUUUUCAUUCAUGUUGUGAUUCAGGAUGGCUUUUCUGAAAUCAGCGCUGGCUUACCCCACCAGGGUGCUGCUGACAUUAAAAAGACAGACAAAUAUCAUUUACAUCAAGAGGACUUUCCUUCUCUCCAGGCUGCCUGUCUUCAAACUUGCACACGGAAGGUUCAUUAAUCUCCAGCGACAGUCCAGCUCCACAGUAGCAGAAGCAGAGAAAGGAGAAGACUCCUUCCUCAAAUGGUUCCUGUUGCUCAUCCCUGCCACCACCUUUGGCCUUGGUACAUGGCAGGUGAAACGGCGUAAAUGGAAAAUGGAGCUGAUUGACAAGCUGAUAAGACGCAGUACUGCACAGCCCAUUCCUCUUCCUCUUGAUCCCCAUGAGCUGAAUAACCUAGAGUACAGAAGGGUGACAGUACGUGGACAGUUCGACCACUCACAGGAGCUGUAUAUUGUACCCCGCUCACCAGUUGACCCAGAGAAAGAGGCCAGAGUGGCAGGAAGCCUGUCUUCAAGUGGAGAUAGCGGUGCUAAUGUCAUCACCCCAUUCUACUGUACUGACCUCGGGAUCACAAUCCUGGUGAACAGGGGAUACGUCCCAAGACAGAAAAUAAAUCCAGCGACCAGGAUGAAAGGACAGGUGGAUGGGGAGGUGGAAGUGGUCGGGGUGGUCAGGCUGACAGAGACACGCAAACCCUUUGUGCCGAACAAUGAUGUUGAGAGAAACCGGUGGCAUUACCGUGACCUGGAGGCCAUGUCCCGUGUCACCGGAGCUGAGCCCAUCUUCAUUGAUGCUGACUUCAGGAGCACCAUUCCUGGUGGCCCAAUAGGUGGACAAACCAGAGUCACACUGAGAAAUGAACACAUGCAGUACAUCAUUACGUGGUAUAGCUUGAGUGCAGCUACCUCCUACAUGUGGUAUUCCAAAUUCAUCAGGAAGAUUAAAGUGUAACAUGAUUAUACUGCAAUGAAGCUGUUGUAUGACACAUGGAUACUUAAAAAUGCUGCAUUAUAAACCCCUGAUGUAGUGGAGCUACAUCAGUUUUAGCCUUCUGCAUAUAUUCACUGACAUACACAUAACUGGAUUAUUCUUCUGAAAUGUGCAAAUAAAUUAAACUCUUGCAUUCUUUA